AUGCCGAAGCAGACGCGUGCCAAGGUGUCAAGGAGCAUGAGACACAACCCAUUAGCCCACGACAUUUUGGAGGAGGAAGCCAACAGAGGCAUUCGAACGGUCCCGCGGAACAAGUUGCGCCGUGCGGAUGAUGAUGAGGAUUCGAAUGCGGUGGUUCCAUCCAGUGUUGCCAAGAAGGUGAUAGGGAUGGUCCAAGCCCAGAAAGCAGACGAGGAAGAUCGCCCAGAUGAUUUUCCGGAAGAUGUGGACAGACAUGGAAAUGAGCAGAUGGACAUGGAGGAAGCUGUCGAGGAGAUUGAUGUCGAAGUGGACGAGGAUGGCUACAUUGUGGGUCCCAAUGCAUCAGACGAAGAUGAAAGAGCCAUGGCUUUGUUUCUUCCAGGGAAGACUUCUGCCCAGGCGGGCCCCACGCUUGCAGACAUCAUCCUGCAGAAGAUCCAGGAGUCUGAAGCCCGCAAAGAAGCAACUGAUGGCGAUGGUGUCGCAAGCGAAGCCGGCUUAUCGCCCAAGGUCGUCCAAGUUUACGGAGAAAUCGGGAAGUGGUUGAAGUUCUACAAAUCGGGGGCCAUCCCCAAAGCCUUCAAGGUGAUUCCCAACUUGACAAAUUGGGAGGAGGUUCUCGCGUUGACCUCUCCGCUAACAUGGAGUCCAGCUGCCAUGUAUCAGGCCUCUGUGAUCUUUGUGUCCAACUUGAACCCGCGAAUGGCCCAGCGCUUCUUCAACUUGGUCCUUCUGCCAGCAGUGCGACAGGACAUCGCAGAGCACAAGAAGCUCAACUUCCACUACUACAGGGCUCUUCGGAAAUCCCUGUUCAAGCCGGCGGCUUUCUUCAAGGGAAUCCUGCUGCCCAUGGCUGCAGAGAGCUGCACCUUGCGGGAGGCCGUCAUCAUGGGAUCUGUCUUGGCCAAGGCAUCUGUACCUGUCAUGCACGUCGCCGCCAGCAUUGUUCGCCUAUGUACCAUGACACCGUGGUAUGGGACUACGGCAAUCCUGCUGGCUGCACAGCUCAACAAGAAGUAUGCAUUGCCACUCAAGGUGAUCGAGUGCUUGGUGGCUCAUUUCUGUGCAUUCGCUGGCGAAGACAAAAUGUUGCCUUUGGUUUGGCAUCGGGCGCUGCUCAUUUUUGUGCAGAGAUACAAGUUUGAUCUGUCCGCAGAUCAGAAAAGACGAAUCAAGGAGCCAGAGCAUGAAUGCCUCCUUCAAAAAGGUUCGAAGCGUCACGGUGGCGCUUGGAUGGUGUCAUGUAUGUCUUUGUCCGCAUGCUUUUAUAUGCGUGUCGUGUCGGCUAAGAUUCUGGCGGCGUACUGCAAUGCCCGAAUGAUGAUGCAUUCUAGUGAUUGUAGCGGUGUCAGGUGUGGCAGUUGUAUCGGUGCAUCGCCUGGGCCAGAAAGACAUACCUUAUGGCCUUAUGCUCCAUGCUGUCCGUUUGGCUGUAGCCCAAGCCCCAAAGAUGCUUUGUCACCCCAAACACAGCCAACAAUGCCAUUGCUGGCUUGGGAGUGCUGGAUCUCUGUGCACUGCCAGAUCUUAGAAAAAAGGAGUGCCUCGAGUGUGGUCCAUUGCUGGUCUGCUGGUCUUUCUGCUUGCUUUUGCCUGGCGCUCCUGGCUUCUGCUGUUUUUGGGCUUAUCUUAACUGCUUUCUUGCUUAUCAGUGUUUGUCGAUCGCUUCGCACGUAUUGCUGCUUGUUUUGGACUUGA